CAAAACCAUCCAGUCUCUCAUCUUCAUUGCUUUUUCUUUCCUGCUUCGAAAUAGGUCAACAAAUUUAUGCAAAAUGUCACGAAGGAGUAGGAUCAGCCCUCUAAGGCCUCUCUUCAUUGACGAUGCCUACUCGGACAUCCUCAUCGAGAUCCUCGACAAUUUGCCUGUGCUCCAUGUCUUCCCUUAACAGGCAUAUCCAUGAUGUCUACAUGUCAACUCCUCGACUCCAACUGGAAUUUCGACGCAAACAUUACUCCGUGCCUUUAACAGCGCCCUUUUUACAUCCUUCCCACAAGCUCAGUGUUCAAGAGAAAAUUGCUGCACUAGAGGAUAGAGAGAAACGAUUAAAUGCUAUACAGCCGAAAAGUUUGGAUACGAUUGUCAAUCCUGGUUGUGAAUUUUAUCGCUUCCAAGACGGUCAUAUCCUCUACCUGGUCGAUAAUCCUGAUCAGCCUGAUAUGAACCGAAACUCUAAGAGAGAAAAUGGUGAAGUCGAUGAGGAUGACGAAGAUGACUGGGAAGAUGAGGAUGAAGAUGAUCUCGAAAGUGAAUACUCAAGUGGAAGCACAUCUACUUGGGAGGAAACAAUAGAGACCUUGACCUCGGGCGUGGGAGGUCUCCACGUUCAAAAGCAGCUGACCAGGAAGAAUGGUUGGGAAGUGUAUUGGGUAAAGGGAACUGCGUCUAAUGAAGAGGCGAAAGCGAGGGGAGGAAUCCAGAGACACGGUCAUUGGUCGUGGAAGUUUGACAUGGGCAAGAACUUCGACCGGAUUGAUAUGUGUGUGAAAGACAACGUGUUGAUCUCGGUGGAAGAAGGUCUUUAUUACACAAAAGGGACUGAAAAAUCAACCGCUUCAACUUAUGACGGAUUUUUGUACCUAGCCCAACUCUUUGCAUAUCCUUGGGUUCUAGAGGUCUUUUGGUUGCAGUUGUGCACAGGGAAAUGUUAUCAGUCAAAUGAAACAGGUACACGUUGAAACAUGCAUACGACAAAUCAUUGAUCCAG